AUGUAUAGCUGUUUCCCCGGCUGUAAGACGGGAACCAAACAACCAUUGGAGCUAGAAAGUUGUGGACUCUUCCGCGAGAUCGAAGAUCUAUCAUUAGAAGUCAACAGAUAUAGCGAAGCAAGAGGUCGAAAUGGUCAAAAGACUGAAUCUAAGAUACUGAGACUUAAGCAACGCUGCUCUGCAUGUGUCACAAAAGCAGUAGCGGCAAAAGUGGCAGAGAGGAAGGCGAGAGAAGAAAAAGAAAGGGAGGCGGAGAGAAACGGGGAGAGAGGGGAAGUUUUAAGACAGUUGAGAAUGGAGGAGGAUGAAGAGGAAGAGGAAGAGACUCCUAGAGCCAGUCAACACCAGUUCACUGACGCUAACUUUCCUCUUCAUACUUAUACUCCUGGCAAGAAGUUGGUUUGGUUUCUUGAACCAGUUGAGCUAGUAGCAGACAUGGAAGACGAAUUGAGAGAUGGAGCAAGUUUUCAAAAAAUUGUGGAAUCUAUGGCUAUAAAGGCACAACUCUCUCUUCAAUAUCAAGAUCAAAAUCCGCACCGAUUUACCAACCCUGAUGGUUCACUAUUCCCCAUGGCUGCCAUCACAGCUACUAUUGAUAAUCAUCAAGACAAAUUCCCAAGCCUCGAAGACAAUUUCACGACCCCACUAUCUCCCAUGUCUACGCUGUUAAGCGACACAGCGUCUGGAGAAGGGUCUCCAAAAUUGCUUGGCGACACUGAAGGAAAUUUUGGCUUGGGCAUUUAUUUCUAA